UGUAGCAUUUAACUAUGUUAGGAAUGCCCAUUUCUGUGAAAAUUAAUCAUGUUAUUUUUUUCAUUUAUAGUCAUAAUCACUACCACAUGGUACCAGGCAAUGGUACAAAAAAUUCAGAAUUCCUUCUUCUGGGAUUAUCAAAGGAACUAGAACUGGAGUCCCUCAUAUUUGAGCUUUUCCUCUUCAUGUACCUUAUCACUGUGUUUGGAAACCUGCUCAUCAUCCUGGCCACCAUCUCUGACUCCCACCUCCACACACCCAUGUACUUCUUCCUCUCCAACCUGUCCUUUGUAGACAUCUGUUUCACCUCCACCACUAUCCCAAAAAUGCUAAUGAAUAUACGGACCCAGAGCAAAGUUAUAACUUAUAAAGGCUGCAUCAGCCAGAUGUAUUUUUACAUAUUCUUUGCAGUGUUGGAUGAUUUUCAUCUAACUGUGAUGGCCUAUGACCGCUUCUUGGCCAUCUGUCACCCCCUGCACUACAUGGUCAUCAUGAGCCCACAUCUCUGUCUACUGCUGGUUUUGGUAUGCUGGUUCAUAAGUGCCCUGCAUUCCUUGUUAGAAAGCUUAAUGGUGUUGCAGCUGUCCUUCUGUACCAACCUGGAAAUCCCCAAUUUUUGUGAAAUCAAACAGGUAGUCCAACUUGCCUGUUCUGACACUUCUCUUAAUGUCACAAUUAUGUAUUUUACCGCAGUGGUGCUGGGUAGUGGUCCCCUUGCUGACAUUCUUUACACGUACGCUAAGACAGUUUCCUCCAUAUGUGGAAUCUUUUCAGCUCAGCGGAAGUAUAAAGCAUUUUCCACUUUUGUGUCUCACCUAUCAAUUGUUUCCUUAUAUUAUUGCUCAAGCCUAGGAGUGUACCUUAUCUCUUCUCCUACCCACAGCUCACAUUCAAGUGGAACAGCCACAGUGAUGUACACUGUAGUCACACCCAUGCUGAAUCCCUUCAUCUACAGUCUGAGGAAUAGAGACAUUCAGGGUGCUCUGAAAAGAGUCAUUCACAUGGUAGGUAUAAAAAAGCAAAUUUUUCUUGGGCUGAAGAAGAGCCCAUGA